UUUGCACUUGCUGUUCCUACCGCCUGGAACAGGGUUCUCUGGGAUUGCCUCAGAACUUUUCACUCCCCUCCAGGUCUCUCCACAGAUUAUCACCUCUUCAGAGAGGCUUCUAUGAAAUACUCAUGCCCCCACCCCAAAUCCAGGCUCCCCAGUCCAGUCCAGUAGAAACGCAAGCCACAUAGGACAUUUACAAUUUCCCACAGCCAUAUUCCAAAAGUAAAAAAGGUGAAAUUAAUUUUAAUCCUAUUUUAUUUAACUCAGUAUCUCUAAAAUAUCAUUUCAAUGUGUAAUCAGUAGAAAAGCUAUUGAGCUAUUUUAUGUUCCUUUUUCCUUCUUGCAUGAAGUCUUCAACAUCCAGUGUGCAUUUUAUAUGUACAGCACAUUCAAUUCAGAUGCUCAAUUUCCAUCUGAAAUUACUUAAUUUAGAUUCUUGAAACUCACAGUUGAAAAAGUAGAUUCAUACACCCCAGUUGUUCCAAACAUUCUUAAAUGUUUCCCAGUCACUGCAUGAAGUAUCGUUUUGGUUGGUUUUUCUGAACAGCUUUAUUGAGAUAAAAUUGACCUGCACAAUAAAUUGCACAUAUUUAAAGUGUACAAUUUGGUAAGCAUGUUAUAGACACAUGAAAUCAUCACUACAAUCAUGAUAAUGUAUCUUGCUUAUCAGUUCUUAAAUUUAAAUUAGUGAAAUCAACUUAAAAACUCCGUCCUUCCCUCAGUGGAACCAACCACAUUUCACGUGCUCAGAAGCCGUACGGGGCCAGUGGCCACUGUGUAUUUACUUGGUCGCUGGCAGUCUUCUCUGCCAGUAACAGUGCCCCCAAAGCUGGGGCCUUUUCAGUUUUGUUUACAGUGUGUCCUCAGAGCUGGGCUCAUGGUACAUUCCAGCUAAGACCUGAAAGAUUUAUUCAGUGAUUAAUGGAAUAGAGAGAACAGGCUGUUUAGACAAAGAGGGUGUCGAUCAUGUGAUUCGGGAUGGAAGGGCACAGGAGCCUUGGCCAGAGGGUGGGCACUGAGUCAAGAAGAUGGGGCCUCAGAAGCUGUUUUGAGGAUCAAAGUGUAGACGAGGCUCUGUUGUCAGCCCAGCAGAGGGGCCUGGGGGGAGCUCUUGGGGAUAGAAUGGUGGGUAGGUGAGACCAUGACAUGAAGCCUAGAAUCAGACCGCUAGGUUUCAGAUCUGCCAUCUCUCGUGGUAGUGGGCACGUUUUUGAGCCUCUCUCUGCCUCAGUUUUCCUCAUCUGUACAGUGGGGAUAAUAGCAUUGACCUCAUAAAGUUCCUACAAGGAUCUGAUGACUUAAUACAUUUCAGUUGCUUUGAACAGUGCCUAGUACUAAGUAAGCAUUCGUUGUCAUUAAGGAAGGGAGAUCUAACUGGCAGGUUUGGGACAUCAGGACCUACAUACAUCCUGGGUCCCAGUAAAGACACCCUCCGUUGGAUUUUUAAGAUCUUUUUCUAUGGUUUCCUACCAUUAAAAAAAAAAUUGGGGGUGCGGGUGGGGGCAGGUAAUUAGGUUUUUAUUUAUUUAUGUUUAAUGAAAGUACUGGAGAUUGAGCCCAGGACCUCAUGCAUGCUAAGCAUUCACCUUACCACCGAGCUAGGACACCCCGCCCCCCGCCGGCUUCCUCCCAUGUUUGAGCUUGUCUGAAGGUCACCUUGGGGGCACUCCCCCGCCUGUGUUCUCAUUCAUUGGCUCCUCCGCGCCUGUGUUCAGGCCUGACUUCUCUGUGCCUGUCCUGAGUUCACCUCUCCCGUGCUCCCCCCAACGCUGUCCCUCCCCAGGGCACGUUUGCCUCCAAGGUGACGCUGGAAGGGGACAAGGUGAAAGUGGAGCGGGAAAUCGACGGGGGCCUGGAGACCCUGCGCCUGAAGCUGCCCGCCGUGGUGACUGCUGACCUGCGACUCAAUGAGCCCCGCUAUGCCACGUUGCCCAACAUCAUGGAAGCUACCAGUCUUGUCCGACUCGUCCAGCCCCGACCAGCCCAGAAGGGAUGGGUGCAGGCCCUGGGUAUUGCCCCAGUAUCCUCGCUGGUGCGGCCAGCACCAUGGACACCUCACUGGCUCUGCCGCUCUUCCUGCUCCUGGCCUCCAGAGUAGGGGUCCUCGCACUCAGAGUCUCUCCUGGAAUUCAGCGAACCAAUUUAUCCUUGGACUCAGAAAGUUCUUCUCAGGGCCCGGAUUCAAAAGUUCCCUCCAUUAAACCCCCCAGUGGGAAAGUUUCAGAUCAGUCUCCAGCUUCAAAAGCUUCCACGGAUAUCCCUCAUUCUGAAUGGUCUCCUGAAGCCUUGGAUCCCAGCGAUGCGCCUGGGUCCUUCUGGUCAAACGUUUCUGCUGACAGCCCGUCUGUGAAGCUAGAUUCCUUCUCUGGAAUCCCUGGUUCUGAAGUAUUUCCUGAUACCUCGGGUCCUCAAGUUUCUGCCAAAAACCCGGAGUCUUCCGUCUCUGUGAAGACUCCAGCUUCCAACAUGUCUGCUCCAGUCCCAGAUACUGAAGUCUCUGGGGAGGCCCCAGUUUCAAAAUUCUCUGAGGAUCUGGAUAGUGACAUCUCUGCCCAGAGCCUGGACCCCAGAGUUCCCACGGAGGCCCACUCAGGGGCAAGCUUCCCCCCACAGAUGGAGGGGCCUCUCGCAGUGCUAGUGGGGACCACCAUCCGGCUUCCUUUGGUUCCACUCCCCAGCCCUGGCCCUCCAGCCCCUUUAGUGGUUUGGCGCCAAGGUUCCAAAGUACUGGCAGCUGGGGUCCUGGGGCUAGGGGCCCCUCUGAUCAGCCUGGACCCUGCUCACCGAGACCGCCUACGAUUUGACCAGGCUCGAGGGGGCCUGGAACUCACCUCUGCCCAGUUAGAGGAUGCUGGGGUCUACACAGCUGAGGUUAUCCGGGCUGGGGUUUCUCGGCAGAUUCGGGAGUUCACGGUGGGUGUGUAUGAGCCCCUGCCCAAGCUAUCGGUGCAGCCCAAGGCCCCAGAGACAGAGGAGGGUGCGACCGAGCUCCGGCUGCGCUGCAUAGGGUGGGGGCCGGGUCGCGGGGAGCUGAGCUGGACCCGGGACGGACGCGCUCUGGAGGCAGCGGACCCCGAGGGAGCGGAGCCACCCCGGAUCCACGCAGAGGGCGACCAGCUGCUCAUUGCGCGCCCUGUGCGCAGCGACCACGCCCGGUACACCUGCCGCGUCCGCAGCCCCUUCGGCCACACAGAGGCGGCGGCCGACGUCAGUGUUUUCUACGGCCCAGAUCCACCGGUCAUCAGAGUCUCCUCGGACCGCGAUGCCGCCCCUGCCUUCUAUGUCACCGCGGGCAGCAACGUGACUCUGCGCUGCACCGCCGCCUCGCGGCCACCGGCCGACAUCACGUGGAGCCUGGCGGACCCUAAAAAAGGGGAUCUGCCCCCCGGGUCCCCAGAGUGCUCAGUCGAAGGGGGUCCUGGGGACCGAAGCCUCCGCUUCCGCUGCUCUUGGCCUGGCGGGGUCCCUGCCGCCUCCUUGCAGUUCCAGGGUCUCCCGGAAGGGGUCUGGGCGGGGCCAGUGUCCUCUGUGCUCCAAGCUGCUGUCCCCGCCCACCCCCGGCUCAGCGGCGUUCGGGUCAUCUGCCUAGCUCGUCACCUGGUGACCACGCGCACCUGCACUAUCACCCCGGAGGCCCCUCGCGAGGUGCUGCUGCAUCCGAUAGUGGAGAAGACACGCUCAGGGGAGGCAGAGGUGGCACUGGAGGCCUCUGGCUGUCCCCCACCUUCUCGAGCAUCUUGGUCCCGGGAAGGGCGACCCCUGGCCCCAGGAGGUGGGGGGCGUCUGCGGCUCAGCCAAGAGGGACGGAAGCUCCUCAUUGGCAACUUCAGCCUGGACUGGGACCUGGGCAAUUACUCCGUGUUGUGCAGCGGGGCGCUGGGUGCUGGUGGGGACCAGAUCACCCUCAUUGGACCCUCCAUCUCCUCAUGGAGGCUGCAGAGAACCCAGGAUGCAGCGGUGCUGACUUGGGAUGUGGAGCGCGGGGCCCUGAUCAGCGGUUUUGAGAUCCAGACACGACCAGAGGGCCCUGACCUGGGCAGAGCUGCCACCUACAAAGACUGGGUCUCCCUGCUCAUCCUGGGACCUCGGGAGCGUUCAGCGGUGGUGCCCCUCCCUCAUCGGAACCCUGGGACCUGGGUCUUUCGUAUCCUGCCCACCCUGGGGGGCCAGCCAGGGACCCCAUCCCAAAGCCAGGUCUACCUGGCUGGCCCCACCCUGAGCCCCGGGGCGAUUGCAGGCAUCGUCCUGGGUUCGCUACUGGCCCUCGCACUCCUGGCAGCACUUCUGCUCCUAUGCAUCUGUUGUCUGUGCCCCUUUCGAGGAGAGACCCCUAAGAAAAAGAAACAUCCCCCUACGCUGACCCCUGUAGUCCCACUACCAGAAAAGAAGAUGCAGAGCGUGACCCCACAGCCUCUGCCUCUCAAAGUCCCGCUGGAGGACCCUCGCCCAUCCAGGGCACACCCGGCCACCGGCCCCAGUCCAGUCAUCUCUCCAGGUGGGGUUCCCAAGACUGUUCGGGCUGCCACGCAGGUGUGACCAGAGCGAGUGGCCUGCUGUGCCUCGGACAUUGGGGAACGACUUCCUGUUUAGCCCCACCAACAGUCAGGGCUUCCUGUCCUGCUGUGACUGAAGGUUGGACCCGGAAAGUGGGGCUUCCUGUUUCCCUCUCUCAGCGGAGAAGACUCUACCUGCAUUUGUGCAACUAAAGAGAUGGGAUUCCUGGACUGGGAGAGACACCUGCUGAUUUGACAGUGUGGUUUGCACAACCUUCGAGCAGAAAAAACAUGCAGUGUCUGUAGCAGACUGGCAGCGCUUGUUGCGCUGCUCUGAGCUGGAGAAAUCGCCCUGCCUCAUCCUCUGAUAGGAUCUUCCUAUGUUCUCUUUUGCCUCCAGGCCUCACCCCCUCCAGCUUCCAGAGUCUUCAUCUUAGAUCAGAUCACAUCCCUCAUCUCUUUAAGCCCUUCUGCGGUUGCCCGUUGCCCUUCAGGUAUUGUCCAUACUCUUCAUCGUGACCUUCAGAACCUUGUGGUUUGGCCUCUGUCAGCCUCUCUGACCUCCCCUUCCAGAACUUUCAUCCUGGCUUCUCUCCACCACACUUUAUUUUGCCUCCAGGCCUUUGCUCCUAGAGUUUACUCUGCCUGGAGCAGAUUUCUUUGCUCUGUCAUUUGUUUCUCAAAUGUAAAAGUAACCAUUAUCAUUAUAGAGGACACUUCCCGAACACAUGACCCCAACCUACCUGUCACGUGUGAGGUCCCAGAGCCCCUGAAUCUCCUGUGCCUUAUAUGUAAAUACAUAAUCAAUUGUUUAA